AUCACAGAAGCCGAGACAACGAGGCGAGAGGUGAAAGGUCACGCCGCCUUUUGGCGGCCAUUUCUCUUAGCGCUGGUCGUUUCGGUGUAGCAGUAGCUGCUCCAGUCACGAGGGGCGGGCAGCGGCGGGGUCGGCGGCUACUGGGGUGCAGCGCUCGCGGGUGUUCGCGAUGAGUUUACCCCUCAAUCCCAAGCCUUUUCUCAAUGGACUGACAGGAAAGCCAGUGAUGGUGAAACUUAAGUGGGGCAUGGAGUACAAGGGCUACCUGGUCUCUGUUGACGGCUACAUGAACAUGCAGCUUGCAAAUACAGAAGAAUACAUAGAUGGGGCGUUGUCUGGACAUCUGGGCGAAGUUCUAAUAAGGUGUAAUAAUGUCCUCUACAUCAGAGGCGUUGAAGAGGAGGAGGAAGAUGGGGAAAUGAGAGAAUAGCAUCUUGGGGGAUUUUUUUUAUAUAUAUGUAUUUCUAUACAAUAAAGUUUUGGGUUUUUUUUCAACUA